ACUCCUAUCAAAUCUAAAUCUAUCUCGGGGUUAUUAAGCUGCAAUAGUUGAAACUGGACUUCCCCUUCUUCUACAUUUUCCAAUUUCCCACCCGCUUGAAGUCACAAACAUUUUUUCUCUCCUUUCUCUGUUGCAGAUCUCUCUCUCUCUGCCACAACUUCCAGGAUCAGCCAAAUGUCUGCAACCGAUGCAGACACCGAACCCCAAAACGGCUCAACCGAACCACAACCAGUAACGGCCGACACAGAUCUCGCACCGGACACCUCUACAGAACCCCCAACCGAAUCAAACGACGCACCAUCGACUGAUAUCGAUCCCAACUUUGACGAACCAGCUGACCGGCCGAUCCAAUCCGACAACGCCGUUCCGACGACCGCCGCAGAUUCCAAUCUCGACCAACCAACUGAAUCGAACGAGCAAUUGAUCGAAUCGAACAAGCAUUUGGUCGGAUCCAAUGGGACGGAGAUUACGGCGUCGGUUGAGGAGGAGGAAAGUAGUAAGGGACCGGGGCUACGGAAAGACGAGGGGAGUAGGACUUUUACGAUGAGGGAGUUGCUGGAUGGAUUGAAGAACGGCGAAGCGAAUGAGGAGUCCGAAGGGGAAAAGCAAGAGACGAGCUCUUCCUAUGGUCAAGAAAGCACACAACAUCAGCAAUAUAUAGACCAGAACAAUGCUGCCAUGGACUUAAUCAAUAGCGUCACAGGUGUUGAUGAGGAGGGUCGGACUCGCCAACGGGCUCUUACAUUUGCCGCCAGGAGAUAUGCUAGUGCAGUAGAGACAAACCCAGAAGAUUAUGAUGCACUGUACAAUUGGGCACUGGUGCUUCAGGAAAGUGCUGAUAAUGUUAGUCCUGAAUCUAGUUCACCUACAAAAGAUGCCUUGCUUGAAGAAGCAUGCAGAAAGUAUGAUGAGGCGACCUGUCUUUGCCCUACACUUCAUGAUGCUUAUUAUAAUUGGGCCAUAGCAAUUUCUGAUCGUGCAAAAAUGCGAGGCCGUACGAAAGAGGCUGAAGAAUUAUGGAAGCAGGCGACAAGAAACUAUGGAAAAGCAGUCCAACUUAACUGGAACAGUCCCCAGGCGCUCAAUAAUUGGGGACUGGCUCUGCAGGAACUAAGUGCGAUUGUUCCUGCGCGAGAAAAGCAAACAAUUGUGAAAACCGCAAUUAGCAAGUUUCGUGCGGCAAUACAGUUACAAUUUGAUUUCCAUAGAGCAAUUUACAACCUGGGGACUGUUCUGUAUGGACUAGCAGAGGACACUUCGAGAAUUGGGGGAUCAAUCAGUGCAAAAGAGGUUUCCCCUGAUGAGUUAUACAGCCAAUCUGCAAUCUAUAUUGCUGCCGCACAUGCAUUGAAACCAACUUACUCUGUUUACACUAGUGCCCUGAAGCUUGUGCGCUCCAUGCUGCCACUGCCCUAUCUAAAGGUCGGAUAUCUGACUGCACCACCUGCAGGAAGUCCAGUUGCGCCUCACAGUGAUUGGAAACGUACGGAAUUCGUCCUGAAUCAAGAAGGGCUUUACCAGGUUCACAAAGUUGAGCAAAAAGAGAUGACGCAUAACCUGUACGGAAGAGAGUCUAUUACUGCUAAUAAACCAGUUGUUAAAGUUGAUAUUCCGGAUAUCGUCUCUGUCUCAGCAUGUGCUGAUCUGACAUUACCACCAGGUGCAGGCCUCUGUAUUGAUACAACUCAUGGACCAGUUUUCUUGGUUGCUGAUUCGUGGGAUUCUAUGGAUGGAUGGCUCGAUGCAAUCCGACUAGUCUACACAAUUUUUGCACGAGGGAAGAGUGAUGUUCUGGCAGGUAUAAUAGCCGGAUAGUUCUUUUUGUAUGAGUGUAUUAUAUUGCCUAUGGCAAUGUUUUUGUAGAAUGAACAUUCCUUGUUUUAUAGAUACUUGAAUUAAUAUCACAUUUAAUCUUUGGGAUGAUUCGGCGGUAGUCAAGGGGUUCGGUUUUCCAGACUGAUUACGCUGUUUGUUGAUCUGAUAUGAUCUGCACUCUUACAACAACCUGAAGAACUUUCCAUUUGUUGGUGUACAUUGUAUUGUAUGUUGCUGAGAAUUAGAUGAAACAUUCUCAUGUUUGUUUCAGACUUAAA